UGUAGGGCAGGCAGUCUAGUACGGUGUUGGCUUUACCACUAUUUCUCUGACAAUCAUGGGCCAUCUACCAUGUGUACCCAGGGUUCCUCAAUUUGCACUCAUCCGAAAAUGUUUUUAGGUCUACCACAUGAAACAAGCAGAGAUCCUUGACCAGCUUCGGCCACUGCCCCUGACCCUUGCCGGGGAUGGCAGGUGCGACUCACCCGGCCACACUGCAUUGUAUGGCACCUACACGCUUCUGGAGACUGCAGCCAACCGUAUCGUGCACUUCGAGUUGGUUAAGUCUACUGAGGUCAGCAGUAGCAAUGCAAUGGAAGCCUAUGGUCUACAGAAAUGCCUCGCCUUUCUCGAGGUACAUGACAUGACUGUGGACACCCUGGUCACCGACUGCCAUUCUGGCAUCAAAGCCAUGCUAAGGCGACUGUGCCCACACAUAAAGCACAGAUUUGAUGUGUGGCAUGUUGUCAAAGGAGUCAAGAAAAAGCUCUUGGCUCUCAGUCGCUCAACGAAACACCAAGUUGUGCAGCUCUGGAUUGAGAGCUUGACAAGACAUGCGCAUUGGUGUCCGCGUACAAGCGGGGAUGAUGGGGACCUAUGUCUUGCAAAGUGGAUGUCAGCAGUUAACCACAUCGUUGACAUCCAUGAGCACGACAAGCCAUUGUACCCGAUUUGCUACCACGGCGCACUUUCUGAACCACGACAAUGGCUCAGAGAAGGUAAACACUGACAUUUUGCAGUUUGUAAAACAUUAUAUACAGAGUAGCGAAGUAAUAAAAGUUUUCCUUACUGACACUUAUGGGUGAAAUACACAACACAAAUUUCAAAAUCCUACAACAAAAUUAACACAAUUGAAAACAGAAAAAAAAAACAUGUUGCACACCU